AUGCCAUUAUCGCUAUUGGAUUUACUGUUAAAUCAUGCUUGGCCAUUCGAUACAUUAUUAUGUAAAAUUUGGUCAACGAGCGAUGUCCUUUUCUGCACAGCAUCCAUACUUAAUCUUUGUGUCAUAUCAAUUGAUCGCUAUUUGGCAAUUUCUAAGCCAUUAAAAUAUUCUCGAACAAGAAAUCGUAAAACAGCUGCUUUAUUAUUGGGCUCAGUUUGGUUGAUCUCAUUCAUAGUAUGUACACCACCAUGGAUUUUUCAUUUUGAUGAUUAUCCUACAACUGCUCGUAUGAAUAUUUUUGGAUCCAAUUCAUGUUUGGAUAUGAUCGUUUGUGAUUAUCCCAGUGGUAUUAUGUAUCGAAUAUAUAGCUCCAUGGCGAGCUUCUUCAUACCACUUUUGCUGAUGUGCUCGGUGUACUGCAAAAUAUUCCGAAUUAUAUCUACACGCGAAAAAGUUUUGUGGAAGAGUAUCAAUUUGAAAUCACAUGACAGAUCAACUAAAAAUCAUUCUUAUAACCAAAGCAGAGAUAGGAAUAGCAAUGAACGUUAUUAUUCACAACCAAAUGAUAUGCUAUAUUCGGAAGAAGAAUCAAUGUCUGAAAAGCAAACAACACAUGAUUUAAUGUUUAGUACUAUCAGUGUUGGCAUAUCUCCGCUUAAAUCAAAUUCACCCAUUUGUGAAAUAGCAUCAAAUAAUCAAUUAAAGUCAUCUGCAAAUCGAAUGGAUACUGAUGAUGGAAAUGUGUUAACAUUAGCCAAAAUAGCACAACAUUGUCACCUCAAGCUACAGCCUCGUUAUUUGUUAUCCAAAGCUCAUGAUCGUUAUCAAACUUAUGGUCCUGGCAAAUUUACUAACAAUUCGAAGGAGAAAAUUGUUUAUAUGAAAGAACGAAAAGCUCUAAAAACGAUUGCCAUUCUUUUUUUCGCAUUUUCAAUAUGUUGGUUUCCAUUCUUUGUAAUUUACCUGAUCGAAAUACUGGUGAGCAAUCCUAAUGAGAUCAUGUAUACAACAAAAGAAGUAUUCCUAUGGCUAGGCUAUUCAAAUUCUGUAUUGAAUCCAAUAAUCUAUACAAUGUAUAAUCAUGAUUUCCGGCGAUGUUUUCGUGAUCUUUUGACAUUAGGCUACAUGAGGAAACAACGAUCAAUGAGUAUCCGUAAACUUCAUCAACAAAGUAACUGUUGA